UUAAAAAAUUGUGUGCAAUCCGCUUGUCUUGGAGAGUUGCCUGUCAUUGUUGCUGAUGGAAUUGAGUACUUCCUUCUGGAUCAAAUUAUGGAUUUGACCAGGAGAAGUAAAUGCGAUAGAAAUGUCAUUCACUGCAUCCUCCAUCCUGUGAUCACAGAUGUGCUUGCAGGAGGGGAAACAAUGACUUACUCCUUAGCUCCUCCUCUUAUGUGCAAUGCAAUGUCAACCUUAGUUCAAGAUUGUGUAAUCGAGUGCGCAGCACAAGCCAUAUGUGCAGCUCCUACAGAGGUUGAUAGGCAGCGCAAGCGACAACAGGGUUGGGAUCUCGUCCCCGCAGAGUGUAAGAAGAGCUGUGUAGAGGAGGAGGAGGACAGUAGUGAUCGUAAUCAUCAACAAACCAAACUUGUUGUGGCCAUGUUCAGAGGGGAGAGCGGUUCAGAGAAAGUAACAAAGCACGAUGUGAAAGCAGAGGAUUUAAUCCUGCAGUGGACGCUCCAGAACUCGUCUCAUUCCUCUAGCCAGGAAGAGAAUCCUACCCCCAGCAAAGCCGUGGAGAGAAAAUUUGAGAGGUCAUUUGUUUAUGAUGGUGACAACAGAGAAAACUCUGUUAUCAUGUCGCAACAUUUUCGCACAUUUGAUGGCAGAGGGCAGGGUGAGGGAGAGGAGGCAUUUGAUGCACAAGUGGACACGGAAAGUUUCGACAUCUUCAACGAGAAACUUGUUGCAGAUGCGUACAUCGACGAGGACUUCUGCAAGAUUCCGUAGUCAAAGGACAACAUUGAAGUAGGAUGGUGUCAUGCCGUGCUGAGGUUGGCAAAGCACUAUAGUGAGCCGCAUCCCGCUUUACGU